UCAUCUAACACAGUGACGCACUACAAGCACCAAGAAUCUUUUCUCUUCUAGUCUUCUUCCUCGUCUCUCUGACCCACAAUCAGGUUUCAGUUUUUUUCCCUUUUAUUCCCAUUACCCAAAUUUCAAUACUACCAGACGAACCUAUUUACUGUAAGAAUUUGAUUAGCAAGUAAAUUUCGUUUUCUCUCCCCAUUUUUGACAAAUCUGAAGCUUUCUGUUCUUGAAGGCAUUUGCAGUUCUACAGAGGUCAGUGAUGGAAAACGAUGAGAUAAUGGGGGGAGAUAAACUUAUAUUAAGAGGAUUGAAGUUCCAUGGCUUUCAUGGAGUGAAACCAGAAGAAAGGACAUUGGGACAAAAGUUCUUGAUUGAUGUAGAUGCCUGGAUGGAUCUUAGGGAAGCUGGUAAAACUGAUCGGCUGUCAGAUACGAUUAGCUAUACUGAAAUUUAUCGCAUAGUCAAGGAAGUUGUGGAAGGAGCCCCUCAUAAUCUUCUCGAGUCAGUGGCUCACAAGAUUGCUUCUACGACCCUGACAAAAUACCCCCAAAUAUCUGCUGUUCGCGUAAAGGUUGGGAAGCCUCAUGUUGCUGUUCAUGGUCCUCUCGAUUAUUUGGGGGUUGAGAUUCUCAGACGCAGAAGUAUUGAUGUUUCGAGCUAAAUUACUGCUACAUGUUUGUUGUUUUUGGUACUAUGUAACCUCUGUUUUAUCUGCAGUUUCAGUUUUUCAGUUUGGCAGUUUUUGGGACUUUUUAUUUUUGAGCUUUUUUUUGUUUAUUGUUUUUCAUUAGCGUUUUAACUUCUAUAUGUGCUGGAUUGUUUCAACAAGAAACACCAUUUCUAUGCUACACUAUGAAGUGGUUCUUAAAACACUCAAACAGGUCUUCUUUUUUU